AGAGUAUAGUAUGAUUCGACGGUAAAUCAGCCAGAUUUACAUUCUCUAGUAGAGUAACUCAAUAACGGAUUAGACGAAUUAUUUCCAAAUAGUAUAACUCAAUGGCAGAGAUCAGAAAAACUUUUAAUUUAAAAAAAUGCAACUUUGACGACAAAUCGAAUAAAUUUUCUAUUUUUCAAUAAUAUAUAUAUACACAUAGUCCAAUGUUAAUUCGGAUUAUCCAAUCGUUAUAUCAGGGGCUUGUCAGGACGAGUCCUGUGGAUAAGUGGAAGUGGUCACACGCAUUAUUUUUUUUCUAAAUUUAGUAUACCUGGAAUUGUCUCGAAAGAGCUAUCAGAUUAUCAUUUAUAACCUUAAACAGUAUUUCCGUGUACGUGUUAAAAAUGUCAGAACGAUAACAUUUACAUGGCGUUGAGUUGUCGGAAUAACAACACCAUGGUUUCUACAGUCUUAUUUGUUUCGUUAUUUCUCUUCUUGCUCAACGUAGAAGCCGGCGUGUUGAAUCUUCCGCAUCCAAAAUUAUUGGUUGUUUCGUACGAUGCAUUCAGAUACGACUACUUCGAGAGAAACUUGACACCGUUCAUGAGCCAAUUAAAAGCAGCAGGCACUCAUGCGGAUUAUAUGAUGAAUAUCUUUGUUACCAAAACAUUCCCCAAUCAUCAUACAAUGGCAACAGGAUUUUAUGCAGAAACACAUGGGGUCAUAGAUAAUGAGUUUUAUGAUUAUACCACCAAUAAUGUCACGAAGUAUUCAUAUAAAUUAUUUCACUACGACAACAGUAUUCUCCCUAUUUGGACUAUCAAUGAAAAAAGUGGUAAAGGCAGGCAUAGUGGUACAAUGAUGUGGCCAGGUUCUAUAUAUGAGUAUCAAGGUAUAAAGCCUACCUUUGCACAACAAUUCAAUGAUACAAUCUCAUUUGAAGAUAGAAUUGAUAUGUUGAUAUCGUGGUUUGUACAUCCCACCAACCCAAUAAAUUUUGGGAUACUAUAUAUUGAGGAUCCAGAUUACCACGGUCACGCUAUAGGAAUUAAUAGUGCAGAAUUUAAUGAAGUUUUACAGAGACUGGACAAUAUUACAAGAUAUCUCCAUAACAAAAUAGAUCAUUAUGGUUUGACAGAUCUAAAUGUAAUUCACUUAAGUGAUCAUGGUAUGGCGUCUGUUACAUUGGAAAGAAUAAUAGAUUUAACAAAUUACAUAAACUCUAGUGAUUACACCUUUGUGGGAACAUCUCCAGGAUUACAUAUUUUCCCACAUGCUGGGAAAGAAGAGCAGAUUUAUCAAAAAUUAAAGUUUGCUGCAGAGCAGACAAAAACAUUUAAAGUAUAUAAACGAGAAGAUAUCCCGAAAAAAUAUUGUUACAGUAAUAACGAUCGUAUAGGACCUAUUUUUGUUAUAGCUGAAAUAGGUUAUGCAUUUCAGAAUCUCUAUGAUGUGAUAGAAUACUACAAACAGAAGUUUAAUAUUACAGUUAACAAUCAAACAGAAUUUGGAUUGCACGGCUACGACAAUGGGGAUCCCGAGAUGUAUCCAUUUUUUUUCGCGAACGGGCCCGCCUUCAUUCCGGGGUGUAAAUUAGCUCCUUUCAACAAUACAGAUCUAUUUCCCUUAUUUUGUCAAUUACUUGAUUUGAAGUGUCCCACAGUUAACGGCACUUUAUCGCAUGUAAUAAAGUGCCUUCAGACACAAUAUUUUGUACGAUAUCCAGCUGGCAGGACUGUACGAUUUCCAUCUACCAUAGUCAUAAUUGCCUCAAUUCUUUCUCUACUAACGGCAGUAGCGUUAUUUGCAUUGAAUAUAAUAUGCGUGAGAAAACGAAGAUUAAAUUUCAUCAAUCUAGCAAAAAGUGAAAAUCAAUAGAAUUAUAGGUAAAUAAAUAUAGGAAAAAUAUGUUGAUGAAAAUGAAUGUAUCCUCUCUCAAAAUUGAGAAAAUAUUUUUUUUUGUGACUUCGCAUUUUUUUUAAAUUAGCGAAAAAUAAAAAAUAAUUUUAAUAAAAUUUAAUGAUAGAAUCAUCUUUAAUUUCUAAAAGUUUGGUUCUUUUUUUUUAUAUCAGACAAUAAUAUUGCAGAGUUACUAAUAGAAAUGAUAUUGAUUAUAAAUGAUAUUUUAAGGUAGUUUUUAGCUAGUUAACUAAUUUUUAAUUAGUAAAUUAAUGUAAAAUAAGAAUAUCGCGUGAUAUACAUAUCAUUGAUUUUUAUAAAUUUAGACAAUGAAAGCUAAUUUAUUCUUUAAAUGUAGAUCUUGUAUCGAAAACACGUUAUUAUAAUUCCUCUUUGUAUUAUUAUAAUUAUGUACAUUUAGUGAUAAAUAUUUAAAUUCUUAGAGAGAUAGCAUUAGUAUACAGAUUCUUAGGCUUUCUCUUGAAUAUAUAAAAAAUUGUUUAAAACAUAAAAUUAGAGAACAUGUAUACACAUGUAUAGCAAAUUUGUUAAGUUAUUUCUCACCAAUAUAUCAAUAAUGUAACGUAUGAGUACACGAUACUUAGGCAAAAUUAUUCGUAUACGUAAUUAUCCGUAUGUAUAUUAAUGAGUGAACAAUACAGUUAACGUUUAUUGUCCGUCCGAAUUUUACUUUUAAAUGAGUUUAUCGAGUGAAUAUGAGUAUCCAAAAGCUUUGUGGGUCGAAAAUUGUAUCCUUCGUUUAUAACAUUUUUUAUAUCACACGAAUAAACAUGGAUGAAUGAUCUAAGAAGAA